AUGGACGGAAAGGCUGCGCGGGGCCCCAGCCCCUGCAACCAGUGCUGCGAGUGUUUGGCCCCAGUGCGCUGCAUAAUAGACCAGCACGAAGUGGAGAUAAUCCCCGCUUCAGCCCGCAGCAGCAGCAGCAGCAGCAGCAGCAGCAGCAGCAGCAGCAACAGGAACUUGCUGUACACCGCCAGGGGCGCCUCCAGCGGCGACUCCACCACGCGCACCUUCGGCAGCUCCUACAGGCAGCAGCAGCAGCAGCAGCGGCAGCAGCAGCAGCAGCAGCAGCAGCAGCAGCUCUCCAGCAGGGCCGCAGCCCCACUUCCGGGGGGCCCCCAGGGGGCCCCCGCAAGUCUCUUCUGGGGGGCCCCCCAACCCUCUGCUGCUUCUCCUUUGCCUUCUGUCUCUUUUGAGGGCCCCCUGAAAGACCCUGGGAGCUACCGCAGCGCUGCUGCUGCUGCUGCUGCUGCUGCUGCUGCUGCUGCUGCUGGCUUGGGCGGGGGCAGCAGCAGCAGCAGCAGCAGCAAACAAAGGCCCAGGGACUCUGCUGCCCCCAAAGUGCCCCUCAUCAAUCUGCAGCAAAUGCAGCAGCACGAGGCCCCCCCCCCGGAGCUGCUGCUGGACAGCAGCAGAGGCCCAAUAUCUGCGGAGUCCAGUCCCUUCAAGCCUUGUCCCCCCACAGCAGCAGCAGCAGCAGCAGCAGCAGCAGGUGCUGCAGCAGCAGCAUUAGCAGCAGGUGCUGCAGCAGCAGCACGUGCCGCUGCCGUGACAGGUGCUGCUGCAGCAGCAGGUGCUGCUGCUGCAACAGGUGCUGCUGCAGCAGCAGGAGAUGCUGCUCCAGCAGGUGGUGCUGCUGCAGCAGGUGCUGCUGCUGCAGCAGCACCUGCUGCUGCUGCAGCAGGUGCUGCUGCUGCUGCAGCAGCUAACCUGCCAGGGAAAGGGCCCGGCGAGCAGCUGAGGGGCCCCCCUUUGUUGACUUUUUGCUUUUCUUCUUCUUUGUCUCCUUCGUCUCCUCCCAAGGAAAGUCCCGGGAGAAGGGCCCCCUGCAGCAGCAGCAGCAGCAGCAGCAGCGGCAGCAGCAGCAGCAGCCGCAGCAGCUGCAGCAGCUCCCCGCAGCACUGCAGCAGCGAAGCCGCAGGCCCACAAAAAGCAGCAGAGCAAGACCCCAGCAGCAGCAGCAGAAGCAGCAGCAGCAGAAGCAGCAGCAGCAGCAGCAGCAGAGGCAGCAGCAGCAGCAGCAGCAGCAGCAGCAACAGCAGCAGCAUGGAAGGAGACAGUCCCUUCUCUGUCAGCAGCUCGGCCUUUUCCGCAGCUAAAAGCUGCCCCCAUCCUCGCCCAGGGGCUUGGCUAUCAGUUCACUUGGGGGGCCCCCCAGAGGGGCCCCCAGUAGCCCCCUCGGGGGCCCCCUCAAGGGCCCCCUCGGGGUCCCCCCAGAGGGCCCCCCAGGGGGCCCCCCAGGGGGCCCCCCAGGGGGCCCCCCAGGGUACGAAACUGGUGUCAGGGAGCAGGGGGGCCCCUGUCUCUGGGGGCCCCCCUUCAGGCGUUUGCUGCUCCCUCAACUUUGCUGCUGACAGCUUCCCUUUGUUGGGGUUGGAUUUCUUAUAUGAGCAGCAGCAAGUGGGGGGCCCCUUGGGGGCCCCAGGGGCCCCCCAGGGGCCCCCCAGGGGCCCCUAG